AUGGCCCAUAUGCAGUAUUUGCCUGGUGAUCCGCGUUUAGUUGAUCAAUUAGUGUACGAGCUUAAAUCAAAAGGAAUUUUUGAUCAGUUUCGAAAAGAUUGUAUAGCUGAUGUAGAUACGCGUCCUGCUUAUCAGAAUCUCCGACAACGUGUUGAAAACUCAGUGUCCACUUUCCUUGCCCGGCAGUGUUGGAAACCUGAUCUAAAUAAAAAUCAAUUGAGAGAAAAACUGAGGAAACACAUAUUAGACGGCAACUAUCUUGAACAGGGCGUGGAAAGGAUAGUAGAUCAAGUUGUAAACCCAAAAGUAGCUACCAUAUUUGUACCAAAAGUAGAAGAUCUUGUAUACAAUUAUCUUGGGAUCACCAGAAAGAAAACACUUCCUGAAACAUCAAAUGGAGCUGUAGAUUUACUUCCAACAGAUCUUGAAGCAGUUAGUCCAGGCUCAGUCAAAAGCAAUGAUGAUAAUGAACCAAUGGAGAUUGAUGAAUCUUCGCAACCAACCAAAACAAAUGUUAAUGAAGAAGACUACAAGGAGAAGGUUAAAAUAGCAGUGCUAGAACUUAAUGAUAAAGUAGAGGAGGCAGAGACUUCUGGUAUAAGUGAGUUAACUAUCCAUGAUUCUGAUAUGAGCAAUGACAAAGAUAGCAUCCCUCUCCCAGCUGAAGAAAUAAGACCAGAAGACAUACCUCCACCUGAAAAUAGCCCUCCCAAAAUAGAAAAAAUUGAACUUGAAAAAAUAGAAUUGCCCAAAGAACCAGAUUUGGCAACAGACAUACCUCUCCCAGAUGAAAUACCGAAACAAGAAAAUGGAACUUACUUCAAAACAUUAAAUAGCGAUGAUGAGUCUAGUUCAGAUUCAUCUCUACGUAGAAAUAUGUCUCCCUUAACACCAAUCCAGAAUUUUAACACAGAGAAUUCUUGUGAUGCUCAGCAGGCAUUUGAAAGCCAGUUAACAGAAGAUAUUAAAGAAGAAAUCAAGGAACCAAAUUCUUUUAGAUUCACAAUUGAUUCCAAAUCAGAUGAAAAUGUUUCAGAUGAUCACAACAAUGACAAGAAGGAAACAGAUUUAUCAUAUCAAUUUAAUCAAGUGAAGAUAAAUAAUUUUGAUACUCCUGUUUUUGAAGAUAGUUCCAAUAGUAAUAAUUUACACAUUGAUUAUGAAAGCGAUGCUAACAGUAAAAUAAAUAUUGAAGCAAAAAUUGAAUCAGAUCAAAACUCAGAAGAUAUUAAAAAGGAGAAAAAGAAUAUAGACAAAAAAAGUAGUCAUAAAAGUUCUCAUAGAUCUCGAGACUCACAUAAGCAUUCAAGUAGCAGAGACAAAAAGACAGAUUCAAAACCCUCAAGUAGCAAAGACAGUAGCCGACACGAUAAAAAGCUAUCAAAAGAUGACAGCAAACACAAAUCAAAUGAAAAGGAAAGGUCUAGAGACCGAAGCGAUAAAAAGGAACACAAAGAUUCAUCUAGACAUAGAACUUCGCAUAAAUCAAGUCAUAGAGAUUCAAAGUCACAUCGAAGUUCUAGUUCAAGUCACAGGCAUUUGAACCAAUCUCAUGAUAAGAAAUAUGUUUCUUCUAGCCAGAAAGAUAAGGAAAAAAGUUCUGAUAAGCCAUCAUCAUCAAGGGAUAAGUCUAAAUCUAGCUCACAUCGUUCUGAAAAAGAUAGAAAGAGUAGUAGUAGCAGUAAGAGCAAAUCAAGUGAAAAAGACAAAGAUAAGAAAACUAAAAAGGAUACAGAUGAUCAUUAUGGUCUAUCUGGUAGGGGUAAUCCAAAUAGGCGCUCGACAGAUAGGGAUUCAAAUGACGGUAGUUCAUCAUCUAAAGGCUCUCACCAUCGACCUUCCAGCUCAAAGUCUUCGGAAAGUAAAAAAGAUUCUAAAGAAAGCACUUCGAAGUCAGAUAACACAUCAGGGAGUGGUUCCACUACUCCUAGCGAUAAAGAAGUAACUGUUAAUAAAGCGCAGGUGUUACAAAACAAGCCUGUGGUCAGAAUAGAAACACAUUUAGAAACGCCAGUAGCAUCACCACCACGGCUGCCUUUUGUGCCAGAUAUAACACUUAAGAAGCCAAAAAUUGCCGCAAAUUUUGAGGAAGCUAAGAAAAUUACAAAAAUGCGUAAAUUUCUGGAGGAAGAACAAAGACGUAUGAAUCAAGAAGCUGCGCUCCUUCUCGAGUUCCAAGCUAACGUUAGACCAAGUUUGAGUCAAGUUUAUUCUAGUAUACCCGGUCCAGAAUUAGAAUUCGCGUGUAAUACUAAUACAGCGGCACAGUAUAUAAUACAAAACAGUGCACCUCAUGAAUUAGAAGAAUCCUAUGUGGAGGAAAAAGCCUACACAAAUGCAGAACUAUUCGAAGAACUGAAUGCAGGCAAUGAAACUGCGGUAUUAACAGACAACAAAGAUUUAAAACCAAAUGUUGAUGUCAAACCUAUUGGUAAUGCUGAAACAUCAGUUACUGAAUUAGUAGAAUAUCCAGAAGCAAAAGUAAACAAAAUAGAGGAUUUUAAAUUAGAAAAACACAAAGAUAACGUUGUCAAUGAAAAGCUUAUAGAAAUAGAUCACAAGCAUAAGACAGUAUUAGAAAACCUGCCAGUCAGUAAGAAAUUAAAAAAAGAAAUUGUUAAAGAGGGAAAGCUUAGUAAAGUGGAGACAACUAGGGGUUUGAUUACAUCAGAAAACCUCUAUUUCUUUGCUGAACAAGACAGAUUUGCUGCAGAAUUUGAAAAAUCUAAAAGCGAGGCAUUCCUAAAAUCAUUUAUUUCAAAAACUACAAAAAGUAAUAAGCUUUAUCUUAUCAAUUGUGAUUCAUAUGAAGAAAACAUUUUAAAAGAAGCAUCAAGAAGCUUUGGUGAUUAUGAAAUAGUAAAUUACCACAGAAAUGGCCAUUUGCAAAUACCUAAAACCAAGUCCAUCGUUAAAAACGUUAAUGUGUCUGCUGAAGUAUCAUUACCUAUCGAUUUAGAGUAUGACCAUUCAAAUGAUGCAGAUAGCACAAAGUUACAAGUAUUUAGUCCAGAUAAAUCAGAGUGUUCGUUCGAUUUAAGCAGUGAUUAUAAUGCAAAACUGGAAGAAAUGGUCAACAACACAUCUAGAAAAGAAAUCAUGCAAAUAAUACUCGGGGACAUGAUCGACGGUUCGCCUACGAAACUGCCAAAAAUUGAUUACAUCACUGAAUCCAGUAUAGAUAGUGCUUACGAUUGCAAUUUGAAAAGAAAAAUUAACACUGUAGACACUGUUGAAAAUAAUAACAGACCCGUUUUAACAACUAACAAAAUUAGAAAAGUUAGUAGUUCAGAGCUUAUAACAUCAACAACUCAAGACACAGAAGAACCUUCAGAUAAUAAAAUAACAAACCCAUCGAGAUCCAAGUAUUUAGGGCGUGCUAAAAGAGUUGGACUUCCUCGGCCUAAAAGAACAGAGCUUCCAAACAGUCCUUCGAGUGAUAAGUCUAUAGAAAACUAUGAAGAGAACAAUCAAAACCCCCCUAAAAAAAGUCCCAAUGGUAAAGUAAAGGCCCCCAGACACGUCGUCCAGAGAUAUGAGACCGCAGACCUUUAUAAACCCAAGCUGCACUUUCUUUCUAGAAGGAAUGUUACCUAG